AUGUCUGUGGACACCGCUGCCGCCGCCCCCGUCACCGACCGCCGGCCUUCUACGACGAUGGUCAGUCCCCCGCAUCAGCAGCACCACCGCUUGCCUCACGCGGUGACGGCUACUGGGAAAGAGAGACGGGUAUCGCGCGCUUGCGUCUCCUGCCGGCUCAGGAAGACGAGAUGUGACUUAGACUAUGGUGGUAACCCAGGUAUACCACCCUGCCGUCGCUGUGUAAGAGAACAAAAAGAAUGCGUCCUAGCAACAUCAAGGAGAGGCGGCCGACGGCCCCGUAAGUUUGUCCGCUUACCACAAGCUGACGAUGCCGUCUUCCCGCAUCAACAACAACAGCAACACUCGAACACCGUCACCGGGCCGGCAGCCUACGACUCAGGACCGGGAGCCGGAGACGUCGGCAUUUCCUCCCACCAGCGCUCCACCAGCCCGGCGGAUUCUCGGCACCGCAACGACGGCGGCGAGCCCUGGUCGUGCUCCCCCGAAGAGGACGACGACGGCCCGGCAGAGAGGCCGGCGAGUUGGCCCGGCUCCACUUCGCAGCCGGACAGCCCCGGCGGCCGGUCGACCCGGUCCCUCAAGAGUUCCGGCGAUAUCGAGGGCCACAUCACCUCCAGCGACUUGUUGAAUCCUUCUGACGCGCUUAAUCUCUUGGCGCAGGUUGCUGACCUCGAUGGGGAGGAACGGCGUGACGACAUGCGACACCUGUCUGUGAGUGAUGCUCCGGGUCGGGAUAAGUGCAGUCCCAGGAAAGGGUCACGCAAGCCAUCGACACCUGCGGCGACCCAUUAUCCGCCAAUAUCAGACGGAGUAUUAAGUCUACCUGUCGCUUCACGUCUACUCACAUUAUACAUCGACCACUUCCACCCCUUCUUCCCCGUAGCAGACAAAUGCAUCCUCACCCACACCCCCGCCACAGUCUCCUCCCUCAUCGACUCAGAACCCCACCUCGUCACUGCAAUCUUCACAGUCGCCUCCAAAGACGAGCCCUCCAUGACCCGCGUCCACGAGGCCUGCUCGCGGUACAUGGAGACCCUCAUCUCCAAGCUCAUCUACAAGGGGUCCACUACCGUUGGCGCCGUUGAGGCACUGCUGAUUCUCGCCCAGUGGGCGCCGCAGAGACUACAAGAGAAGCCUACUGUCGGGCGCGGCGAGGAGGACGAGGGCGCGUGGAUGCAGAUCGGCGUCGCGAUACGGCUGGGGUACCUGCAGAGUCUGGAGCAGACAGGGCUGUUGUCGGAUAAGACGAGCCCGUCGUCGGAAACGUUUCGGAGGAAGAGGUUGGUUUGGGCUGAGCUCAGCUGUACCUCGGCGGAGAGUAGAGAUGACUCUUUUGCAGUACUUCGUAAAUGGAAGAUCGUCUGGGGAAGCCUCAACUUCACGCCCCUAAUAAAAGCAGGCCUCAACCUCUCCUACGAGUUCCUCCGCCUCUACAUCAACGCCUUCGCCUUCCAAGCAACAAUCAACCGCGCAAUCACCAAAGCCCGCCAACAACAGCAGCAACAGAUGCAGCAUAACCAACAACAAUAUCAACAGAGCCAGCAGAGCCAACACCAGAACAUGUCCUCAAAAGAUCAGAAACAGCAACACAACGGACACGAGACGACGACGGCAACCCAAGCGCCAGCAAGACACCCACCACAACCACUGCCGCAGCCUCCAACGACGACUAUCAGCAGCCCGCUAUUCGCAGACCUCGCUAGUACGCCCGACGCCCGCUUCAUUUACGAAUCAAUGGACGCGGCCAACUCUCUUCUAAACAUCCUCAACUCCUCUGUAGAUCCGGCUACCGGGUUGAGGUACAUGCCGCUAAAGUACUACCUCUACGUAAUCUACGCGGCCGUGUUUCUCUUCAAGGCCCGUCUCGCUGGCGCCCUAGGAAGCGAAGCCUCAGAAAGCGUCCGCCGCUCAAUCAACGUCACAAUCGAAGGCCUCCAACGCUCGUCCCUGAGCCCGCACAGCCUGGGUCAGCGCUACGCGCGCCUUCUUUCCCUGCUAUGGCGUAGUAAACCAGAAGAACACCAGCAACGGAGUCAAGGGCCUACCCUACAAUCCAACGUCACCAUCUCCGGUCCUGACGGUCACGCAGUCGAUGCCACCAACACCGGAGUACCGUGUCCGGCGUUCGGCCUCCAUAAUGGAGCAGGCGGCCCCGGGUCCGUGUCGGUGCACGUACCGACUGUACCGAGCUCGGCCGGUGCCGGUAACAGCAAUGGGUAUGGAGGUCUCGGUGGACAUGCCGACCAUCAUCAAGGGUUUGGUGGGAUGUCGCAUGGCCAUGCGCAUUCGAAUAUGGCUGCCUUCCCUCAUCAGCCCGAUCUUCUAGUCAGGGGCUUCUCAUGGCGAGAUCUAGAUGAUCUGGGGCAAUUCAUCGGGCCGGCGGACAUGAACUUUUCUGAUCCUGCCAAUUUGGCGGUGAUGGGCGGGUCGAUCAACCUGGAUGAAGGGGCAGGGUAUGAUGUUCUCUGGCCUGGGAAUGACGUGGUCUUUUGA